AUGGGCAACUCAAUCUCAAAAGAUGGUGCAGUGACAAGAGUCUGCGAAUCGAUUCCAGUCGUGGGAACGGUCACUGCAGGAAUUCAAGCGUUGGCAGGCAACACGGAGCAAGCAAAAAGAGCGCUUGCUGUCAGCACAGGAAGCCUGAUCAAGGUUGCCGGUGCUGUCGGAGGCUUCUGCAUCGGUGGCCCAGUUGGAGCCGUCGCUGGAGGCGCACUGGCUGCUUCGGUAGGUAUCGGUGCAGAGUACGGUAUCAGUCAAACCAUCAAGGACCCAAGCGUCAAGGGAGAUGCGGGUGAUAUCAGUUUGAAACGAUUCGCCGUGGACACGGUGCUUGGAGGAGCUACCAGCGUAUUGGGUCCAGGAGCUGGGGCUGUCAAAGAGGCUGGUACGCAGAUUGUACGCGCGGCCGCUUCCGAAAUAGCUAAAGGCAUGGCCAAGAACGCGAUGAUAAAAGCGGGCACGGAGAUGGCACGACAAGCUAGCCAAACCACCAUCACCCAAGUCGUGAGGACGGGUGUCGCUAGUGCUGUUUUGCAAGCCAGCAAGGGCGCGAGCGGUGUAAUAACAAACCCGCAGCCUAUUCCGAAUGAGGGGGGUGACAAACCCGGACCGAAGAAGAAGAAGCAUAUUAUUGUCACACAGAUGCAAGAUGACCGAGCCAGAAGUCUCGAAGGUGUCAUCCAGAACGCCAAAGCAGCGUUGCAAGCCUGUCACAAACCAGCGAUCUUUACGGACGAUGUUCUCACGGACGAGCAAUUUGGCCCGAAUAAUGAAUCGAUUCUAGCCAUACUCAAAGUGCUCGAAGGCUUUGUCCAGCCCAUCGUCUAUGGUGCUGACUUUGCUCAGGCCAACAGCGUCUACACGCCUGGUCAACAAUUUGCCUUUACCGCUCUGAACAACAAGGGGCUUAAGAUUCUCCAGACCAUUGUUAUCAGCGAUAAUUUGCAGGAUAUACAGUUGUGGCGCACCCACGAGACAGCCCUGCAUAUAGCAAACAGUGCCCUACGCGGUAAAAUGGCCCAAGGCGGUCAGGAAGUCGACCUAUGA